GAGAGAGAGAUGAAAAGAAGAAGAGAAAUGGAGAAACAAAGCUCAUCAGAGCUAAGAUCCGCCAUUGAAGAGCUAUCUUUGUUAGCUGUGAUGAAGCUUAACCAUCAUCAUCAUCAUCAUCAUCAUCAUCACCAUAAUCAUGAUCCAGUUGCAGCAGAUGAUGAUAAACAAAAUGACACUGAUGACCCUGAUCAUAUCCCUAUCAAACCUUUCCUUUCUCUCUGCAACUUUCUUGUUCAUCUUCUUGAUAAGAUAGGGCCAACAAUGGCUGUUUUGAGACAAGACAUCCAUCGGAAUAUUCUGAGAUUGGAGAAGAUGCAAGAAUCAAACCCUACACUUUAUUCAAAUGUUGUGGAGAUACUAAAGAAAGAGGCAAGCGAAGGCACAUCAAGAAAGGUUACUAGUUCUAGUAAAGCCUUUCUUUGGCUUACUAGAUCUCUAGACUUCGCGGUGAAUAUAUUAGAAUUGAUAGAAAAAGAUGUUGAGGUGAACAUGGAGCAUGCUGUUGAAGAAGCAUAUGAAGCUACUCUAAAACCAUGGCAUGGAUGGAUCUCUUCUACGGCUUACAGAGUACCAUUUAAUUAUAUUCAGCUUUACGUAGCAUUAAAACUAGUUCCUGACAACAAAACCCUGAUCGAUAUUCUCAAAUCAGAAGUUGAAGAUCGAGAAGCUUUCAAAGACGAUAUAAAAACCUUCACAUCAUUACUUCUACCACUUCUAGACGAAAUACAUUCAAUUUUGGAAACCUACGAGUUGGAUAGGCUAAAGGCAACCUAAAGAACGAAGAGGGAAAUUAACGAGGACGCUUAACAACCGCGAACACUAUAUGCAUAAGCACUCAAUAGUUAGAACAUAUAUUGUACAACACUAUUUGAAAAAGGUACCUAUGACAACAAUAUUUCUAGUGAUUCAGUAAUACAUGAUAUUGUCAUAGAUACCCUUUUCGCUACUAGUGAAACACAAUGCUAGUAUGUGUGUAUAUAUGUGUGUGUAUAUCUA